AUGGCCCUGAGGAAGUCGAGCAGGCUCAGGCAGGAGACGGUGCUGAGGCAGCUGGUGCAGAGGUGCAGCAGCUCGGGGAGGAAGAGGUGCUGCCAAGAGGGCUUCCCGAUGGACGUCCCCAGGGGCCACUUCGCCGUCUACGUCGGCGAUAGCCGUAACAGGCACAUCGUCCCCAUAUCCCUCCUCAGCCACCCCCAGUUCCAGCUCCUCCUCCAGUGGGCCGAAGAAGAGUUCGGCUUCGACCACCAGAUGGGCCUCACCCUCCCCUGCGACGAGCUCUUCUUCAUCUCCCUCACCUCCGCCCUCCGUUGA